CACAGGCAAACUCAUUAACUUUUCUGAUAAAGAGAAAAUUUUGAGCGCACAACGAGAGAGGAAAGACAGAACCCCCAAACUGCCAUUUUUCAUAACCCCACAACAACCCAUUCAAAUAACUGAAAACCGCAAAAAGUUGAUCGAGGUGAGUAACAAGUACAAAGAAGAUAACGUCCGCACACGUAUCCUGGGAAAUAAACUUGUUUUCCAAAACGGAACAGUCUAUCGAGACAAAGUCAUGAAACCAAGAGCAGAAGACAUCCUCCUGAUAGACGAUGACGAGAAACAGAAGACCGAGUCCCUAGAAGUCGUGAGUAGUGAUCCGGUUACUGAAGCAGGUAACAAAUUCACCGCAACAGCUGCCGCAGUCAAUACUUACGCGAACAUCCGAGCCUUCUACAAGAAAGUAGUGAGCGUCCCAGACUGCGCCAGAGCGGAUCACAACAUUCUUGUGUACCGAUUUCGAGAUAAAUCUGGCCUGAUCCACGAGGACUACCAGGAUGAUGGCGAAUACGGCGCUGGUCGCAAAAUACUCGGUGCCUUGCGCGACAACAACAUAGAGAACGCGGCCGUCGUUGUCACUAGACUCUUUGCAAAACACGUUGGAUUGCGGCGCUUCUCCAUUAUGGAAAAUGUAGCGAUUGAUGCACUGCGCAAACUGAGUGAUUAAUUGGUAUACUUUACUUGGGUGAGAUACUGACAAAACUAUUACUUUAUUUUUGUCUACUUAAUUGUAUUCACAUGCACUUCUAUUGCACAAACCAGACUUCGAAUGCCUC